UUUGGAGAUGUUGUCCUGUUUUGUCUGGCUCUCCCUCCCCAACUUGGUUAACGCCUUUGCGACCCCAGGAAAGUUGCCUCUCAACGGGAGUCUGGAGGAGCCUUUUAAAAUCCUCAACAUCUCAGGUUUCUUUCCUUGGGAUAACGACAGCCUGGCGGACUGGCAGAGCUUUGUGGGCAGGAGCCGGUACGGAGCGGAAUCGCAGAGCGUGACGGUGAAAGCCCUGCUCAUCGCGGCGUACUCCUUCAUCAUCGUCUUCUCCCUCUUCGGCAACGUCCUGGUCUGUCACGUUGUCAUCAAGACCAAGCGCGUGCACUCCGCCACCAGCUUGUUCAUUGUGAACCUGGCUGUAGCCGAUAUCAUGAUCACGCUCCUCAACACGCCUUUCACACUGGCUCGUUUUGUGAACAGUACCUGGAUAUUCGGGAAGGGGAUGUGCCACGUGAGUAGGUUUGCACAGUACUGCUCCCUCCACGUCUCUGCCUUGACCCUCACAGCCAUUGCCGUGGACAGACACCAGGUUAUAAUGCACCCUCUGAAACCUCGCAUAACUACUGCAAAAGGUGGUAUCUACAUCUCUGUCAUCUGGAUCAUGGCAGCUUGUUUUUCCCUACCACAUGCUAUCUACCAGAAACUCUUUACCUUUGAAUACAGUGAGAAAGUUACCCGGUGCCUGUGUCUGCCGGAUUUCCCGGAGCCUGCUGACCUCUUUUGGAAGUACCUCGACUUAACCACCUUCAUUUUGCUCUAUGUCCUGCCCCUUCUGAUCAUCUCCGCUGCCUACGUGACGGUGGCCAAGAAACUCUGGCUGCGCAAUGUCAUCGGGGACGUCACCACGGAGCAGUACUUUGCCCUUCGCAAAAAGAAUAGGAAGACCAUAAAGAUGCUGAUGCUUGUUGUCGUCCUCUUCUCAGUCUGCUGGUUCCCACUGAACUGCUACGUCGUCCUCCUCUCCAGCCAGACCAUCCACACCAACAACGCCCUGUACUUCGCCUUUCACUGGUUCGCAAUGAGCAGCACAUGCUACAACCCCUUCAUCUAUUGCUGGCUCAACGACAGCUUCCGAGCGGAACUCAAGGCUCUGCUCAGCAUGUGCAGGAAACCUCCCGGACCCACAGAACAGAGGCUGCCCUCCACGGUCCCAUCCUACCAACUGGCUUGGCCAGAAAACGGCAACUUCAAGAGGCUGCAUGUCUCCCACAUCCUGCCAUCAGCCUCCAACAUCCAGUCAGGAAAGACAGACAUCUCUGCAGUCGAGCCGAUAGUCGUGGCGAGCUGAACGGUGCCCCUGGGAAACCUGAAGGAC